UUCGAAUAUUUUACUAUUUUUAGUGAUAAUGAUACUAAUUUAAUUUAUCUGAUAGGAUAAUAAGAUAAAUAUUGAAACUUUCAUAUAUUACGCAAGAAUUCUCAGUGGCAUAAGUAGAUAUUUGUAAGGUCGCAAAAUACCAUUAUUUUUAAUCAUUACAGCUGUGCCAAUUUUUAUAUAAUUUAAUAACUACGAUGCCGGCUACGAUACACAAUAAUGUAGUAUAUGGCCCUCAAGAGGAAUUGAUACCAGCCCAUUUAUCGUACGGACAGUUUCUGUACGAUCAACUGAAGAAUGGUGGAAAUGAAACUGCUGUUGUUUGUGCAGAAACAGGGGACUCGGUGACAUAUCAUGAUAUCUUACAAAAGAGUGUCAAUGUUGCUGCUGCACUCCAAGCUCUGGGGCUUAAGAAGGGUGAUGUGGUGGCCCUGAUAAGUGAAAACCGCUUUGAGUUCUCUGUUGCCACUCUAGCAGUGCUGUUCUCUGGAGGGAUACUGUCCACCCUUAAUGUUACUUAUACCACUGGUGAAAUAUCUCAUAUAUUUGAUAUAACAAAACCAAAGUUCAUAUUUACCUCACCUAUCACUGCCCAAAACAUUGAUGAGUGCAGCCAGAAUCGACCAUAUCUCAGGAACGUAAUUCUGUUUGGCGAAUAUGACAUAAUACCGGCAAUGUUUUUCGACGAGCUUGUAAAGAAACAUGUAAAUAUCAAUGACUUUACCGUGGUGGAUGUGAAUGGCGCCAAGGAUACAGCUGCUGUGAUGUGCUCCUCCGGUACCACAGGGCUGCCCAAGUGUGUUGAACUUACACAUGUCAACUUCCUCACUCUCACAGCGCACAUGAAAUACUACUUGCUAACCUCCCAGCAAAGUAAGAAUCAUGAAGUCAAGACAGCUCUGUCUUUGAUACCGUGGUUCCAUGCUUUUGGAUUCAUUACAACAUUUGCUAUCUUGAGUUUUCAUGUGAAAAUUGUGUUCCUGGUUAGAUUUGAGGAACAACAGUUUCUGGAGACCAUACAGAAAUACAAAAUCAACAUGACGACAAUAGUCCCCCCGCUGGCGGUGUUCCUGGCGAAACAUCCGCUGGUGGUGAAGUACGACCUCACCUCACUCAACGAGGUGUGGUGUGGCGCCGCGCCGCUCUCCUCCGAGAUACAGAAGGCUAUUACUGAAAGGACGGGUAUCGAGCACAUCCGCCAGGGCUACGGUCUGACGGAGGUGACGCAGGCGUGCUGCGUGGACCUCACGCGCGGGGAGAAACUCGGCUCCUGCGGCACGCCCGCGCCCGGCAUGAGGAUCAAGGUGAUCGACAUAGAAACGAACGCGAAGCUCGGACCACGAAAGGAGGGAGAACUGUGGAUCAAGUCCCCGCUCCGCAUGAAGGGCUACAUGGGUGACCCGGCAGCGGGCGCGGCGCUCGUCGACAACGAGGGCUACCUGCGGACCGGGGACGUGGGGUACUAUGAUGAGGACGGGUUCUUCUACAUCGUCGACCGACUGAAGGAACUCAUCAAGUAUAACGGCUUCCAGGUGGCGCCAGCUGAGCUGGAGGCGGUAAUUCUGCGCCUUGCGGGUGCGGCAGAGUGUGGCGUGGUGGGCGUCCCGCACGAGCGCGCCGGCGAGCUGCCCCUCGCCUUCGUCGUCCGCCAGCCCGGCGCCCACCUCACCGAGCGGGACGUCGUCGACUAUGUGGCGUCGCAGGUGUCCCCUGCGAAGCAUCUACGCGGAGGUGUCAUUUUUGUGGAUGAAAUCCCGAAAAAUCCGUCCGGAAAAAUAUUGAGACGAGAGUUGAGGAAAAUGUUAGCGACCCACCUCAAGAGCAAACUAUAAUUAUUGAGCCUUGAGACAAAUGUACAAAGUCUAGUAUUUGUUAGCUUCGGUUUGCUAUUUACAUUGAAGUUGGCUGUGUAGGUAAUCACUGUAAAGUGCUUUUAUAUUUUAAUAUUUCCGUAAGGUCACUGCCAUUUUACAAUAAUUAUGUUUUAUUAACUACAAAUAUUUAUACAUUCUAAUGGCAGAUCUAUAUGGUCUAAAAUCUAGACCAUUGAUUCCCAAAGUGGUCCAGGUGGAACCCCGGGGGGCUUGCGUGGAAAAAAAAUGGGGAUACACAAGUCAUUAACGGGGGUUUAUAAAAAUGUAUUAGGUGACACAACUUGACUUCUCCUAAUAUAGGCAUGAAUAUAGGCAGCCAAUGUCAUAAGAAGGUCAGAAAUUGUUUUUGUAAGAACUUGUAUAUUCCACAUUCAGAAAGAGUAUGCAACAACACCUUAAAAGUGGGCCACUAAAGAAAGGAGUUUGGGAACCUCUGGUCUAGACUAGGUUGUUAAUACAGUAGCGCUAGCACGGCGACCAGCGGAAAUGCAAAAGUAUGGACAAA